AUACGUAUUGAUACUCAUCAUCGCUCCACUGUUCUAUGACACGAUGCCGGGAAUGAGUAUUUAAAAAACAUGCGGUGCUGUGUGUGACGGGGAGUUUCCCACACUGGACAUCUUCCCAGCGACGAAAGAACCAGCGAUUAGAACACGGAAAGACACCGAUUCGCACAGAGGGCACAUCGCUGUAAAAACCAUGCAGCCAUGGAAAGUCGUCCUCCUUUUCGGACAGUUCCGAGCCGGACUGUCAGCUCCAGCCGAGUUCAAAGGGAGGAGAUGUGAGUUCCUGACAAGUCCCCGCAAUGCCAACGUGAAAUGGGCAGGUAAUGUCAGUGGAACAGUACAGUACUGUGCAAGCACCCGCUGCUGCAUGGGCUUCUACAGCAUUGUCGAUGGGCAGGCCGUGCCGGAGCAGCUGGGUUGUGACGUUUUCCAGACUAACUGCCUGGAUCCCACCUGCCACAUCUUUACACGCCAGGAGAACACGGUCAGCUGUGUCUGCAGCUCCGACUUCUGCAAUACCAACGUCACAUGGAACCUAGAAACCAGCCAGUCGCAGCACCCCCGGUCUCUCAGUGAGAGCAGCACAUGGGUAGCUGUCACCGUCAUAGGAAUCCUUUUCGUUUUUGGCAUCUUUUACGCGGUGAUUCGAUAUAGGAGCCUUUUCAAAGACUGGGCUCGUUUUGGUGGGGGAGCCCGGGAAUGUUAUGAGAAUCCGGCCUCCUUGCUCAAAGGACCAAUCACAGCACAGUGUUCCUGUGCUCAGCCAGGAACCAGUGACCUUGAUCUCACUAACCUGGAGCUGCAACAGAUGGUGGCAAGCGGCCAUUUUGCAUCUGUGUGGCAGGGCCGUCUGCAUGGGGCUGCCUUGGCAGUGAAGGUAUUCCCCGCUGCACACCAGCGCUCCUUCGUAAAGGAGAGGGAGGUUUUCGGACUGCCUCUCAUGGAGCAUCCCGGGCUGGUGUGCUUCAUGGGGGCUGGGAUGGAACCUACUGGAGGACAGUGGGUCUUUCUGCUGGAGUUGGCUAAGUAUGGCUCUUUGAAAACUUUCCUGUCCUCAAACAGCAUCGACUGGCCGUCGUCCGUGAAAAUGGCACAAACUUUAUCUCAGGGACUGGCUUUCCUUCACACUGACCUGUACAGGAACGAGCUGCACAAGCCGGCCGUCGCCCACGGCGACCUGAGCAGCAGUAACGUGCUGGUGCGGGUGGACGGCACAUGCGCUCUCUGUGACUUCGGCUGUGCGACGGUCUUCCGCGGCUGCUCAGGACAGCCGAGGUGGCAGCAGCAGAGAGAGAGUGCCCAGCUGAGGAGUCAGGUGGGAACACUACGCUACACAUCUCCAGAGGUCCUGGAGGGCUGCGUGAACCUGAACAACGACCGGUGCCUGAUCCAGGGGGAUGUGUACGCACUAGGUCUGCUGCUGUGGGAGCUCUGGGCACGCUGCUCCGACCUUUAUGCAGAAUCACCAGUUCCAAAGCACCAGCUGCCGUAUGAGGCAGAGCUGGGUCCCAAUCCAUCGCUGGAUGACCUCAUCCUGUUUGUAUCUGAGAGGAGAGAGCGUCCCACUUUACCCACACCAUGGAGACAAUUCACACAGGCAUUCUCUGCCAUAAAGGACAUUCUAGAAGACUGCUGGGACCAUGAACCGGAAGCCCGUUUGACAGCCCAGUGUGCUGCCAACAGGGUGGAAGUCCUUCCAGAACACUGUGACUGACACAUGUAGAAAUUUCUUAUUUCCACAAGGGAAAAAUAUGAAGUUUCCCGGAGUCCAUCACUGGAAAACAUGGAUGGAAAUUAAAGAGCCAUCGUCUUCCUUCACUAAAUUCUCUAGCUAGUGAUGUGAAAAUUUACUUUUUGCAAUGGAAUACUGGAUUUGUGUAUCAGUUGGUGCAUGCUGAAGCUGACUGUGGUGACGAAGAUGUGAUUAUUUGGAGAUUACAAAGUUUUUGGUCAGUAGCAUAGUAGACUAGUCUUAUUGCCUGGCAAGGUGUGAUGGCUGUAACCUGUUGGCAGCCUCCAUGCCCAGUUUUCAUCUAGUCUUUUCAUCCAUUUUGGAGGGACAUCCAGUUCUCAGUAAUGUCACAGUUAUCCUAUAUUUUCUCCACGUCUUGAUGACUAUCUUCUCUGUGUUCCAUGGUAUAUCUACGGUAUAUCUAAUACAUUUUUUUGUACCCUUCUUCAGGCUGAUACCUUUUGACAAUGAGAUCCCUUUGAUGCUUCGUGAGCUCUCUGCGAACCAUGCCUUUUGCUGUAGGAUGUAAGAGAGUAAAUGUCAGGAAAAUCCGACUAGGACAGCAGAACUUUAUUUGGGGUCAGAGUUACUUUAACUUAUGGCAGCUGUGUACACAAAAAGACUGAAUGCUGUAAUUAAAUCAAAAGGUGCUUCAACAAAGUAUUACUUUAAGGGUGUGACACUUAUGCAACCAGCUUAUUGUACUUUUUAUUUAUUUUUUUUCCGUCGAACGGAUUUGUUUGCUUUUCAAUUGGAUUGUGCAGGUUAUAGGUCACAUUAAAGGUGGGAAAUAUUUUGAAAUGA